CACAAACACACACGCGCAUGUCCACAUGCUUGCUUCUGCAUUUCCACACACAAAUUGAGUGAGUGAGCAGACUACAUUGUUUAGGAUAUCACACAGAAGAGAUCAUACAGAAAGAUCACACAUAAGAGACUGUUAGGAUAUGUGGAGGACUGGCUCUUCUCUGCUGCAGUGCUAUUGGGCCGUCUUUUUCACUGCAUUCUGGGUAUUUAGUAUUUCGUUUCUGACAGAACUGGAGAAGUUUUUUUUCUCUCCUUCCUGGCACUUCCCUUUCCUUCAUCGCAAUUGGCUGGUGCGGAUGCGCUCUGGUUUUGGAGAGCGGGGCUGCAGUGAGUUUUGAAGAGUGGGGCUACAGUGGGUUUGGGAUUACGGUUGCAGUGGGUUUUGGAGAGUACGGUCACAGUGGGUUUUGGAGAGUACGGCUGCAGUGGGUUUUGGAGAGUACGGUUGCAGUGGGUUUUGGAGAGUACGGUCACAGUGGGUUUUGGAGAGUACGGUCACAGUGGGUUUUGGAGAGUACAGGGGCGCGGGAUGGCAGAAGGGCAGGUUGCAUGUCCUCAGGUGUUUGUGGUGGACAGGCCAGUCACUGGGUCUCCCACAGUACCACGCCCGGGACACACUCCCCUGCUGCAGCAGACUCUGAUCUUCCUGCUGUCUCUGGCUCUGUGUGGGCUGGCUGUGGAGGGCUACUUCAUCUACCGCCUCUACCAGCAGGCUGUGGAUGUACCUUUGGGCACACCUGGAAGGCAGCUUGGAGACCAGAAAGGCCUUGUGAAACAUUCAGAAGAUGAAAGGGAGAGAAGUGGCAUCACAUCACAGCCUGCAAAGAUCAAGGCCUCUGCACACCUGACAGAUUUGAGCAUUCCUGUGCAGCCAGACGGGGUUCUGCAGUGGGGUGUAAAUGGAGAUGCCUUCACCCGGGAGGUGGAUCUCCAGGCCGGGCUGCUGCAGGUGAAGAAGGAGGGGUUGUACUACAUCUACUCCAAGGUGUCUUUCACAGAGCGCUCCUGCUCAAUGUUCAAGCACACCGUUGUGCUGCGCACGCCCCGCUACUCCAAGGAUCUGGAGCUGAUGAAGGCCAAGCGCUUCUCCUGCGGCCCCUCCAAAGCGCCUGAGGAUGGCCUGCUCAACAGCUACCUGGGCGGGGUCUUCAGCCUGCAUGCCAGUGCCUCUGUCUUUGUGAAGGUGGAGAACCACACACUGGUCCGGCACCAGGACAUCUCUGAUAACUUUUUUGGAAUGUUCAUGAUUUAACCAAAAAACUGACAACAAAAGCAUGUGUUUUUGUUGGUGUGCAGAGCACAGCUUAAUGAAGGUAUGAUUAGUGAGAAACAGAGAAUGUGAAGGACUGACUGUUAUACAAGGCAUAGCAUAUCAAUGUAUAUCUCCAGGACACAGAUACUAUUAGAUUAUUUUAUAUGAUACAUUUAUUUUGGUGUAUAAUUAUAAUGUAGUAAUUUAUAAAGUAAUAACACCUCAAUAAAUGUAUUCUCAAUUGUACAGUUGAUUAUCAUUCAUUGAGAUGCUUUUCCCCCCUGUGAGGACAUUCAUGCAUUGGAUGUAAAGUAAUGUAAUGUAAUGUAAUGUAAUGUAACGGUUAUUAGUUUGGGAUUGGGAUUGAUCUGACCUAUUUAUAUCAGUACAUACAAAACUGUAGGGAGUUUUAUGGAAGCAACCACAAAUACACAUGUCUUUCCUGAAAAACUACCAAAUUAUGGUCAUAAUCUUUCAUUUGAAGCCACCUAUAGACAAGUUGCUUUGCACUGGACAUUUUGUAAAAACAAAACCAGACAUGAAAAGGUUUCUGUAACUGAAACAUGCAUAUCUAACAGUUUCAUAUCAGAGAGAGUGGAUGUGUGGUUCAGUAUGAAGUUACUGGAAGAUGUGACCUGGCUUUAUAGGAAACUACACUGUACAGAGAGGUGUUAGUAUUGGGACUUUUUGCAAUGAUGCUGCCUCAUCAUCGACCUUUUAAGCAACUGAUAAUGUAUGUUACCUUUUCUGUGAUGGCAGAGAUGAUGCUGUGAACUGUUCUCCAGUUUUACAAUGUGAGUGACAUAUACCAAUAAUAUUUCAUACUGUGCAUUUAAAAUGUUAUACCGUGUAUAUUAAUGGUAUUUAUAUAUUUAAUUAUCAAAGAAAAUAAUAUAAAUAGCUUGCUCAUAUUAUAUUACUUUAGUUUAAAUGAAGAGAAAGACAUUUACUGACAAUGAUCUGUUUUACCUCUAUUCAGGUGAAAACCUCACAUUUCCUCUUUGUGGUUAUGUGCCUGUGAAAUGGGUUUGUUUGAGGCUUUUAAAUCAUUAAAGGGAUAAACAAAGUGAACUACAGUGACCUUCAGGGUAAGUUUGUUUGGCAGAGUGAGGGGCCAUAAAUAUAAAUCAGCUUUCACUUGUGUUUAUGAUGGGGUCAGCAUCCUCUUUCUCAAUGCCAAUAAAAUCAUUUAAAGAC